GAGCCUCGGCGCGUCCUCUCUAACAGGAGCCAGACAGGGUCAGACCAUUGGAAGUUUGGGCAACCCUUCCCGGCGUCCCUUGCGUGGCCUCUUGGAGGGUGCGCCUGCGCCCCAGAGUCUGGAACUACAUUACCCAGAUGCCUCGGCGCAGAGCACUGCGGCGCUGGACCAAUGAGGGCCGAGGAGGGACCUUGCCGAGCACGUCCGGGCGGGAUUUCCGGCGGCUUCCGGCCGGCUGUCGUUCUGGUGUCUUUUGGGUCGUCCCACCUGAUCAGAUUCUGAACUCUUGGUCAGGGCCAAGGACAUUGGUGCGUUCCUGGGCGGGGUCCCCAUUUCUGACACCCAGCGUGAUGAGGAGUGGAAGAGUGUUCUUUACACGGAGACCAGCGUGUGCAGAGGCUUGGAGGUUUCCAUGGCUUCAGAAGCACUUAUGAGCCAUGCACAGGGCAGUGUGACCUUUGAGGAUGUGGCUGUGGACUUCUCAUGGGAGGAGUGGAAGCUUCUUGAUGAGACUCAGAGACUCCUGUACCGCGAUGUGAUGCUGGAGAAUUUUGCACUUGUGGCCUCCCUGGGUUGUUGGUUUCGAAUGGAGAAUGAGGAGGCACCUUCUCAAGGAGUGUCACAGGUCAGGGCUCCCAAGACAGGUCUGGCCACCCAAAAAGCCUACCCUUCUGGGAUUUGGAGCCCAGUCAUGAAAGAUGUUUUGCUCUUGGCUGAGCAUCAGGGAAUACACCCCAGGCAUAAAUCACACACAUAUGAAACACAUGGAAGACCAUUCUGGUUUAGCACAAACAUCCUCCAGCAUCAGAAGCAGCACACUGGAGAGAACUACUUCAGAAGGGAUGAGGAUAGGGCUUUGUUUGGUAAGAACUGCGGAGUCCAUGUGUCAGAGAAUCCCUUCACAUGUGGCGACAGUGGGAAAGACCUGCCCAGCUCAGCCGUUCUCCAGCAACAGACCAUUUACAGCAAGGAGAACUCACUCAGAAGUACUCAGUGCAAAGAGGCCUUUCACACUGCAGAAGGAUAUUACACAUGCAGUGAAUGUGGGAAAGCCUACAGACACAAAAGUAGGUUUCAUGAGCACCAGAGAGUCCACAGUGGAGAAAGACCUUAUGAGUGCCAUGAAUGUGGAAAAUUCUUUAGCCGUAAAUCUAACCUUGUUGUACACCAGAGAGUUCACAUGGGUAUAACGCCUUAUGUGUGCAGUGAAUGUGGAAAAGCCUACAGCAAAAGCACCCACCUUGUUCGCCAUAAAAAACUUCACACUGGAGAAAGGCCUUACGAGUGCAGCAAAUGUGGGAAAGCCUACAGCAGCAAACACAUACUUGUUCAGCAUCAGAGAGUCCAUACUGGAGAAAGACCUUAUGAGUGCAGUGAAUGUGGAAAAUUAUUCAGUCAUAGCUCUAGCCUUAUUGUACACCAGAGAGUUCACAGUGGAGCAAGGCCUUAUGAAUGCAGUGAAUGUGGGAAAUUCUUUAACCAUUAUUCCAACCUUACUAUACACCGUAGAGUUCAUAUCUCAGCAAGGCCUUAUGAAUGCGGUGAAUGUGGGAAAGCCUUCAGCUACAAACACAGACUUGUCCAACACCAGAGAAUUCACACUGGAGAAAGCCUUCAUGAGUGUACUGAAUGUGGUAAAGCAUUCAGUCAGAAAUGCAGACUUGUUCAGCACAAGAAAAGCCACACUAGAGAAAGGCCUUAUGAAUGCAGUGAAUGUGGGAAAACCUUUAGACAAAGCUCUGGCCUUAUUGAACACCAGAGAAUUCACACUGGGGCAAAGCCUUAUAAGUGCAGCGAAUGUGGGAAAUUCUUUAGCCGCAGAAUCACACUUGUCCGGCAUCAGAGAAUCCACACUGGAGAAAGGCCUUAUAACUGCACUGAAUGUGGAAAGUUCUUUAGCCAAAGCUCUGGCCUUAUUGCACAUAAGAGAGUUCACACUGGUGAAAGGCCGUAUAAAUGCACUCAAUGUGGGAAAUCUUUUAGCCAAAGAUCCAGCCUCAUUUUACACCAGAGAGUCCACACUGGUGAAAGGCCUUAUGAGUGCAGUGAAUGUGGGAAAGCCUUCAGCCUUAAAUCUACGCUUGUUCAACACCAGAGAGUCCACACUGGAGAAAGGCCUUAUGAAUGCAGUGAAUGUGGGAAAUUCUUUAGCCACAAAUCCAGCCUCAUUAAACAUCAAAGGAAUCAUAUUGGAGAAAAGCCUUCAGCCAAUGGCCUUCUCCCAUUUAGUACCAGAAAGUUCACUCUGGAGAAAGGCUUUUGAGUAGAGGGAGUGUGUUAUCUGCCUGGUCAACAUAAUGAGUGACACUGAAGAGAAGCUCUGAGAGUAGGCUUUGUGAUGUAGCCAUCAGGCAAAAGUUGAAUCUCACAUCUGGACGUGCAUACUGGAGAGAUUCCUUGUGAGUGUCAGGUAGGUGGGGAGCUUUCAGGAGCUGCGUUGCACUUUCUUACCUGCCCAGGGCCCUUGCCUGAGUUAUAUCACUGCUAGUACCUGUGGCAAAAGCCAUUUCACCUUUGCCAGCCAGUAAGUGUGUAUCAGGUUACCCAGUGUGCUCAGUGAAGGCAGACCUCUGUACUGUCUCGCCCUCCCUGGAGGAAAUCAUGAGUGGUCUGAGGCCAUUGAAGUCCACCAUAAUUACAUUUACACACUGGCUGUGGUUAACAGUUGGGGACAGCAAACUAGAGGAUGUGUUCCCCAUCUAAACGUGCUUACGGAAUUAUUCUGGUCACUACAGCUGUGAGGGAUGAGGGUAUACAGAUAUUCUCAGGACUUCUAGAUUUAGCCACUCCUAUGGACAAAGUCACUGGCAGAACAAAUAAUCUAAAUGUUUUCUGGAUUGCUGAGGCUAUUUGAGCUGAUUGCUUCAAGGCCAUUUCUGUACAAGCAAGAAAGUGGAGACAGGACAGAGAUUAUAGUUUAGGCAUGAGACUUUUAUGACUCACAAAGAACCUUUCUUGCUUGCUAGUCUUUGCUUGCAUUGAAGCAGGGGUUUCCUUUUCAAAGGAUGAGGAUAGUUAUGAUGGUUUCAUUAUAUGUUUGCCAAAAUGACAAGCUUUUCAAGAGAAGCAAGAGAUCCAGAUUUUUAUGUGGAACCGUUUUUUAAAGCUCUGUGUCUAUAUCUAUUGGGGUAUAAUUGAUGUGCAGUAAACUGCAUAUUUAAGAUGUAAGAUGUGAUGUUUUAUCUAGUGCAUUAAUAUAUACCCAUGAAACCAUAACCAUAAUCACAAUGAUGAACAUCCCCAAAGUUCCUCUCCUUUAAAAUCUCUCUUUCCCUACGUCUCUGGCUACUCAUUCCCAUUCCCAUUGAUUUGCUGUCUUUCACUAUAAACUCCUUUUCUUUUUAUAAAAUUUUACAUAAAUGGUAUAAUAAAAGGUUUACUCUUUUUUGC